GGACUCUUUUCUUUUUUAAUAGAAAAAUUGACAGUUCAAAACUCAUUGUGUUUUUCAACUUUAUUUCAAAUUUUCGUUUUGUUUCUAAACAAAAAAUGUCAUUCAAUUUUGGGGCACCUGCAACCACAGCGACGACAGGAUUUGGAUUUAGCUCAACUACCAGCUUCGGUGCACCACAACAGAAUCCUCCAGCAUUUGGUGCACCUCAAACUAACGUACCAUCCUUUGGCACACCACAAACAAGUGCUCCUACAGUCGGUGGCCUCCAAUCAAAUGUUUCCGCAUUUGGCAUUCCACAAACAAAUGCACCAGCAUUUGGCACGCUCCCGACGAGCACUCCAGCAUUCGGAGCAAUACAGCCAACACAAACCAGUGCACCAGCGUUCGGAUUUGGAACAACAACAGCGGUACAACCACAAUCAACGACACCAGCGUUUGGAAUCAUAACAACAACAACAACAACGGCAGCUGUGGCACCAUCUUUCGGUUUCGCUCCAGCAGUUCCGGUUCCCACAACUCAACCACCGGCGUUUGGCAGUUUUGGGCUGUCAUCUACAACCGUGACACAGCCUUCCCUUCCAACAUUAACUGCAACGCCAGCCACAACGACAACAACAUUAGGCUUUGCUCCGUUGGCAAAACCAGCUGCAAGCGUUACAUUUGGUGCAACAACCAGUACAGCAUUGCCCUCAUUCGGAUUGGGUGCUACAACGACAAUGAAUCCUAUGUCUGCUACAACAGCUACGCCGGGAACUGGAUUCAAUUUUACUGCACCAACGGGACAGUUGAGUUUUGGCGCAACAACAGCAACCACAUCGUCAACCGACGGCGGUUUAUUCGGAGCAAAAACCACACCUGGACUAUCAUUCAAUCAGGCUACUUCAACGACUGCAUUCGGAACAAGUACAGUAACCACAUCCACAGCCCCCAAAGUCGGAUUGGGCGGAUUCGAUAUAAGUGCAUCGCAGCCAAAACUGGUCGAAGGUCGCAGUGAAAGUGUUCGUGCCAAAGAUUCUCAGAUGCCACAGGAAAUCCUGUCCACUGUGGAAUCGCUCAAAUCGCACAUCAAACAGCAAAAAACGAUGAGUUCAAACAUUGCCCGGACAUCAACCCGGAAACUGUUCAAUGUCAGCAAAGAAUUGCAAAAUUGCGACCUCAAAUUGUCCGAAAUAUCCAACUAUGUUGCCAACAAUUAUGCGGCCGUCAAGGCGUUGCGUCAGGAGACGGCUGUUGCAAUACGCCAAGCCGAAAUGGCUCAACGAACGCACGAAACUCCGCCCGGAUUACAAUUCGAGAAUACGGCUCCGUUGAAGUACUUCCUGGAAUUAGUUCAUAAAUUCGAAGCCGACAUGCUGACGUUUAGGAAUCAGGUGACACUGACGGAGAAACACAUUCGAUCGCUAACGAAUCCACAAGGGUUUUCAACGGCCGAUGACCUGAAGAAAGGGUUGCAGGAAAUGCACGAAAGUUUUAUUGCACUAGCCGGCCGGGUACAUGAGACACAUCAGAAGGUGGAAGCGUUGAAGGAACAGUAUCUGAACUUGAGGAAGCACAAACUGAAGGACAACAGUAACGUAUUCGAAGAGAAACAGACUGCGGCUAACAUCAGUUCGUCGAGCAUGGGACCAACGCCAUUUUCAACGCUCGCCGGCAAUAAUCUCAGCAUGAGUUAUGGCCCGCAUCAAGUACGCAAAAGCACUUAGAAUCUUGAUGAAUUUUCCAUUUCCAACCAAAAAUAUCAAAAAAGUUGUAUGCCUCUGUUCUACCCGCUCACAUUGAGCGACAAAUUUCUACCAAAAUAAAACUUUAACAUUUCUGUCAACUUCAACAGCAGCAUGGACUCAAACCCAACCAAAUCAAGAAAAUGUAUUUGGCCAAUCAAAUUUCGGCACGUCGAACCUGAGCACCGGCAACGCGUUUGGUACGUUAAAUUCUACGGACGCAGGAUUUAACUUACAGAAGCCACCAGUAGGCUUAAAACGUAACAAACAUUAAACACCGCGGCCAUAAUUUAGUUUUUAUAUAAAAAAAAAUUGCCUUUUGAGUGACUGGUGGUCCUAUGCAAUAAAACUUCGCUGACUU